AUGGCUUCAUUCAUCACCACCAUGUCGGUUCCCAUCACCCCUGUUCUUGUUGCUUCUACCACCACUCGUGCUACUCCCUUUGCCCCGCCAUCGUUUUCAGCAUCAUCUCACCCGUUGCCCCGCCCACUGAGUCCCUCGAUCCAUUACAACGAUGCCCCCCUCACACAACCCCCUUCUUACCUGUCGCCGAUUGUGUGCGCGCUCACAGAUGAAACAUGUGGACUAACCCCUCCCAGUAAUGCGCGGACACGCGCGCCGUUUAAGCCACGGUCCGCGGCCAAAGGCACGAGCAGCUACCAGUUGAGACAGUUCGCAGAGGCGACGUUGGGGAGUGGGAGUCUCAGAAAGGCCGUGAUGCUACCCGAGGGGGAGGACUUGAAUGAGUGGCUAGCAGUUAAUGUGGUGGAUUUCUACAAUCAGAUCAAUCUUCUCUAUGGUUCUAUUACAGAGUUUUGUUCGCCUCAGUCAUGCCCGGAGAUGAAAGCCACAGAUGAGUGCGUAACCUGCCCGGGGAUUGUCUGGAUUACGACUGACAUGGGAGAUAGAUUCGAGUACCUUUGGCAAGACUCGGAGCACUUUAAGCGGCCGACCAAGAUGUCUGCUCCAGAGUACAUCGAACACUUGAUGAGCUGGGUGCAGAGUAAUAUUGAUAAUGAACAAAUGUUUCCCAGCCGACUGGGCGUUCCGUUCCCCAAAGCCUUUACCAGCCUCAUCCGUCAGAUCUUCAAGCGGUUAUACCGGGUAUACGCACACAUCUACUGCCACCAUUACCCUGUCAUCGUGCACCUGGGACUCGAACCGCAUCUGAAUACAAGCUUCAAACACUACGUGUUGUUUAUCGACGAACAUCGGCUGGCGAGCGGGAAAGACUUCUGGGGUCCGCUGGGGGAUCUGGUUGAGAGCAUGCUGCGGAGUGAUUAA